CUCUGCUGCUGCGCACGGACGAGCACCGAGGAGGUCGGGGACGGAACGGGACCGCCGUCACAGUUAUGAAACAUCCUUUCAGUCCGUCAUCUCGGCCGAACACGGAGCCAAGCCGGAGUGGGGUCGGCGCGGGAGUCGUGCAGAUGGACGGCGAGCCUCGCUCUGAAACGCCGGAUCAAGGUGCAGUACUGGAGCAACAGGCACCGGGGGGCGCUCUGCACUCUUCGCUAUGCAGACCCAAGCGGGAGAGGAAGCAGCGGACCUAUACAUUGUGUGAGGUCUGCAACAUUCAACUCAACUCGGCUGCACAGGCCCAGAUCCACUACAACGGCAAGUCCCACCAGAAGAGACUCAAGCAGAUCAGCAACGGCAAAAUACCGAGCAACACAGGUACGUCAGCCCAAGGAAGCCCCCUGCUCGCUUCUCUCCCUGUCCCAGGACGGCCUCUGCAGCCUCAGCUCGACCUCAAACACCUCCUGCCCUUCCGGCUCAAUGGAUCCUCCCCCCUUAGCCUCUUCCCCAACUUCAACACAAUGGACCCUGUCCAGAAGGCAGUGAUCAACCACACGUUCGGUGUCCCCCAGCCCCUCAAGAAGAAACAGAUUAUCUCCUGCAACAUUUGCCACCUGCGCUUUAACUCGACGAACCAAGCAGAGGCCCACUAUAAGGGCCACAAGCACGCCCGGAAACUCAAAGCCAUAGAGGCCCAGAAGAACAGGCAGCGACGAGCUGGGGAGGCCUCGUCAUCAGGGAGGGAGAGAGAGCGAGAGCGGGAACGAGAACGAGAGCGGGAACGAGAGCGAGAGCGGGAGCGAGACAGAAGCAAGACAUCAUCUUCUGAGGCAGCUCUUCCAGCACUUAUGGAUACAAGCUUAGCGGAGGGAACAAGUCUUCAGUGUGACCUAGAGCCAAGCACCCAGGAGAUUAAGCUGGAGGAGAGUCCCAGAAGUUCAGUUAUGCUGACGCCAGUGUCCGAGGUUUCCUCUGUGGAGCUCGUCACCCUUUCACCUCCUCAGAUUUCACCGUCCUCACAGCUUUUUGAGACGGCAUCAGACACCAGCGCCCCAGAUGUCCCAGAGGCUGCAGAGGCCACAGAAACUAUGGGCCUGACCAACGAGUCAGGCAGGGCUGCGGACAUGCCUGGCACAAAUGAGGAGCCACAGGCAGACGACGAUAAAGACCCCAAGAAGAGCAAGGCUCACCUCCAUUGUCCUGUUUGUAAAGUCACAGUCAACUCCAUCUCCCAAAUGGAAGCACACAACAGCGGUACAAAGCACAAACUAAUGCUGGAAGGUCACAGCGUUCUGCCACGACGCCGGGGGAAGGUGGUGGCAGCUCGAGCCGGCUGCAAGAGCAAGCGACUGGGCAGCAAAGGCAGCGUCGGGGUGCCCAGCAAGAACUUCCAGUGUGAAGUGUGUGAGAUCUUUGUGAACUCUGAGACUCAACUCAGCCAGCACAUGAAUAGCAGACGGCACAAGGACAGGCUGGCCGGCAAGCCGCCCAAACCCAAGUUUACUCCUCACAGCAAGAGCCAGCCCUGCUCCAGCUUAGCGAACGCGAAGUGGAGUGGCUACGCAGGCUUGGCUGUGUCCGCCAUGAAGAAAACGUUCACCCAGUACAGCCUCACCUCGCUCUCCACGCAGACCAAACUGGCCUUGCAGAAGCAGCUGACCAAGAGUUUGACAACUGGCUUCCUGCCCAGCCCCCUCACCCCUCCAGCUCUGUGCACCCUGGCAACUAACCCGCUGGCUCUGCGCCACCCGGUGGGCACCGCCACCUUCAUCCAGACCCCAUUCCUGGGCCCCGCACUGUUCCGGCCUGCCCCCGGGCCGCUGCGGGCCACACACACCCCCAUCAUCUUCUCCCCCUACUAAGGACUUAACCCCCCCUCCCAAUUGAGCUCCGCCCUUGUCCCUUUACCAAAAUCCAAGAUCCUUCUUUAAUGUGCGCCGCACAACAAAAGGCCACAUGCAAAACUAUGCAGCCCACCUGACUUGACAUGGGCAGAGUGCACAAGUCUUGAUACUCGCCAGGCCUGAUGACCUGAGAGCUGUUCUGAUCGUAAACGGCCAAGAUCCCCCAUCAUGCCUUCUUUCUGCUCCUCUUAUACUGACCUAAGAAGCAGGAAAGGCCUCCAGACAGUGACUGGUGAUACGAGGCCAUUUUAUAGCCAUUUCGUGGGUCAACAUGGAUUAAAUUAUGAAUAUUAUUGUGUAAUUUAUUAGAGAACAAAUAUAGACAAGUCUAGAUGUAGGUUUAGUGUGGUUGCCACAAAAUAAGGUCCCUUUACUUGAUGCUCUUAUAAAACAUUUUUAAUUUAUAUGUAUGGAGAUGAUGAUGAUGAUUAACCCCUUGUGGGUCAUUGAAGCAGCUGAACCCAAGAAGUACCCGCCGGGCAGCACAAGCCAGUCUCGCUGAUCACUGAUUUCAGCUAACAAGCUUAACGUGUGCAGUCACAUGGUAUCCUGGAUAUGGCAAUUAUCAAACAAGUCUCUAGACAGUUACCUCCUCUGAAGGGCGUGAGUUCCGCUUUGUUACGUGUGGUAUGUCUUUUUGUUAAAACCUCCCAAAAACCAUUCGUCAGAUCCAGAUCCUAACACUGUUCGUGGAGCUCCUGACUCUUACUGAAAACAUGUUUUUUUUUUUCCUCUCUCUGAGUCAUGGCCCCUCAGACUUGUCUCCUGACCCCCAGGACUAAGCAAAGGUCAGCUUGUCAACUUGUUUCAUCUUAUAAAUCUGUCUCCGGAACGGUUUCUCGCUCCAGCGCAUCAUUCACGCAAUGCGACUUGAACGUUGUUUCUCGGAGACAUUUUGCAGCCACGAGUGUUUUCCGCUGCAAAAAUGUCUUAAUUUCCUCCCCCAUCCCGACUACCGUUUAUUUCCCGCUUCCCUCACCUCAAUGCCACCGCCAAGCUCCCUCCCCCCCUUGAUUUUCUGUGUCGUUAUCUCAGUGCGAGAUGUCGACGGGCAGGGAAGGCGCCCCUCACGACGCACGCAAUCACGCACGUAAUGAAAACACAAAAGGAUAACUUGAAGACUUGAUGGGAUUUCGGAAGUAGAUAAAAAAAAAAAAAGUUUGGAUAACUGUGGGUGGGAAAGCUGCUCAGCCACAGUUUGAUUGACAUCCAGUUGCAGCGACUACGCACAGCGUGGGAGGGAACAAAGCACAGUGCCAUGGCAACCACAUUAAAAGCACCUUAAAACUGAUUUACCUACAAAAGCAAUGACAAUUGUGUUGCUGUUCAGAUUUUAAUUUGCUGUAGCUGUAUGUUUUAGUCUCAUGUCAGUUUUUUGAUGAAAAUGUUUCUUUGACAAGAAAAACAAUCAGGUGUGAGUGAUCACGUUAUGGUUUAUCCAUAUUAUGACGAGCCUCACAUUUAAAGCAAUACAUUCAUUAUGUUUAUGGUGUGUUUUUUGGUGUAUCUCUGGCUUUAUAUAUCGUCUGCUGUAAACUCCUGUAACCGUGUGAUACGAACCCCGACGCGGCCACGGGCCAGUCAUAUGAAAUGAUAAGUUGUCCUGGUGCUGCCCUUGAUGCUUCAUGCUCAUGGUCAGCCUCCACAUGUUGUGACUGCAGGCUGAGACGUUCUAUUUAUAGCCGCAGAGAGGGGGCUUCAGCACCUUGAGGCAGUGGCGCUUCACUUUUCUCCAUCCGGGAGCAGCGAACCCCCUUCAUGUGACUUCCACUCAGCAAAACACUGAGAGACCAGUGAUUUGGAAAAGUGUCACAAGUGCAUCAUCAGCUGUCACAUUGCUGUUCGUGCCCCCGUGUGCUGACUCACCCCACCACCACAGGACACUCAACCUUCCUCGAGCCAAAAUGAGCUCCUGGCAAAGUCUCAAAAAAGGACUCGGAAGGACUGCAUCAUCCUCCUUUUAAAAGUCAUACCAAAUCACGUUCUUUUAAAUUACAGUAAUGGAGCAAAAUCCCCGUGCAUUUGUGCAACGUGUGCAGUUGUGCGUGAGGCAACAGUGCCAUCUGUCGUGGAGAAACCUGUAACUGCCAUCCAGUACCAGUGCUUCAACAAGACCAUUCAUCUUAUGUGCAUUUUCUGUUUGAUUGAGGACCCCCGGGGGCCGUUCUGGAUCUGGCAAAGCCACCGGGUCUCCCCCCGCCACACUCCUGUGAUGCUCCCCAGUCACACUACUCAGUGAACCAGCCAGCCUUUAAUCUUCACUGUAUGUUUGUUUCUAUUGCUCAGCAGUAACUCUGACAUAGGCAAACGUUUGUUUUUUUCUUUCAAUAAAGAAUCUAGAAGAAAAAACAAGCUAUAUGUAGAAAAUCAUAGAGUAACUAUAGAGAUUUAACCAGAGUUGCUAUUGUUAUCUGUAUCAUAAUGAACUGUUAUAGAAGAGAGUACCUGAUCGUAUUGUUGGCUCUGUAGUCAUACAGGGAAAGGGAAUAAAAAUGCUUCUUUUUUUCUUUUCUUUUUUUUUCUUUUCUUAAUUUACAUGGUUUUAUCAACAUUUUUUUUUUUUUAUGUACAAGACAAAGUCUUUAAAACAUGAAUUUUUGAGUGAGCUUUUUCUUUCUCCUUGUUGACAACAAGUGAAUUAUUGAUGUAAUUCAAGGCCUUUUAAGACAAAAUCCUGAAGUAAGAUUAGCCAGGCCUUCUCAGGGGUGACAGGUUGAGCGAAAGCAAGCGUGGCCAUCCAUUCAGGGUAUCCCUCCACAGCUCCAGCGGGCAGGAAACACUGUAUGCGUGGAUGGAUCGACUAAAAGUUCAUACCUAACAGUGCUGUACAUUAGAGAGAAAAUGGAUGGAUUUUGGAAAAUAAAGCUUU